GCGGUGCGUCGUCGAUUGCUAGAUAUAUGUUGCCGAUGACGGCCUGAGGAAACCCCCACCCCCCGCCCCCCUUCUCUGUGCCCCCAAACUGCUCGCUUCUGUGCCAGAGAAAAAUGACGGCUAGCGAUUCGCCGGCAGCCAACAAAUUGCCCGAGCUCAAAUUAGAUGCCAGGCAGGCGCAGGGUUUCAUAUCUUUCUUCAAAGCCCUUCCCGCUGAUCCCAGGGCCGUGCGCUUCUUUGAUCGCCGGGAUUAUUAUACUGUUCAUGGUGAAAAUGCUACAUUUAUUGCAAGGACAUAUUACCACACAACUACUGCUUUGAGACAAUUAGGUAGUGGUUCAGAGGGAAUUUCUAGUGUUAGUGUAAAUAAAAACAUGUUUGAGGCUAUUGCUCGUGAUCUUUUGCUGGAGAGGACAGAUCACACAUUAGAGCUAUAUGAAGGAAGUGGAUCAAACUGGAAUUUGACGAAAACAGGAACACCUGGAAAUGUUGGUAGUUUUGAAGAUAUUUUGUUUGCCAACAAUGACAUGCAGGAUUCCCCAGUUACAGUUGCAUUGUUUCCUGUCUUCCGUGAAAAUCAGUGCACUGUGGGACUAGGUUUUGUGGAUAUGACCAAAAGGAAACUCGGUACAGUUGAGUUCCUUGAUGAUAGCCAAUUUACAAAUACUGAAUCAGUUUUGAUUGCUCUUGGUUGUAAGGAAUGCCUUUUACCCGUGGAAUGUGGAAGGUCAACAGAACUUAAACCUCUUUAUAAUUCACUGUCCAGAUGUAAUGUUCUUCUUACAGAGAGAAAGAAAUAUGAGUUCAAGUCAAGAGAUUUGGUGCAGGAUCUUGGUAGGAUCAUCAGAGGGUCAGUUGAACCCGUUCGAGAUUUGCUUUCUGGAUUUGAUUAUGCACUGGGUGCCCUAGGGGCAUUGAUAUCCUAUGUGGAAUUGCUUGCAGAUGAUAGCAACUAUGGAAACUUUACCAUUGAAAAGUACAAUUUAGAUAAUUACAUGAGAUUAGAUUAUGCUGCCAUGAGAGCACUAAAUGUCCUUGAGAGCAAAACAGAUUUAAAUAAAAACUUUAGUUUGUUUGGUCUGAUGAAUAGAACAUGUACUGCUGGCAUGGGCAAACGGUUGCUUAAUAGGUGGCUCAAGCAACCAUUGCUUGAUGUACAUGAGAUCAUUCAUAGGUUAGAUUUGGUUCAGGCAUUUGUGGAGGAUCCAGAGCUUCGCCAAGGGUUAAGGCAACAUCUGAAGAGAAUUUCAGAUAUUGAACGAUUGACACAUGCUCUGAAGAAAAAAACAGCUAAUUUGCCACCAGUCAUAAAAUUGUAUCAGUCAAGCAUCAGACUGCCAUACAUCCGAGAUGUGCUGGAGCAUUAUGAAGGACAAUUUUCAUCACUGAUAAGGAAAAGGUAUUCAGAGCCCUUAAAUUUUUGGAUGGAUGAGGAAAGGCUAAAUAAGUUCAUUGCUCUUGUUGAAGUCUCUGUUGAUCUUGAUCAACUUGAGAAUGGCGAAUACAUGAUAUCACCUGGUUAUGAUCCAAACUUAGCUGCACUGAAGAAUGAGCUCACUGCCAUAGAACAACAAAUAAAUGACUUGCAUAAACAAGCAGCAAAUGAUCUUGAUCUUUCUCUUGAUAAGGCAUUGAAGUUGGAGAAAGGAACACAGUUUGGACAUGCUUUUAGGAUCACAAAGAAAGAGGAACAAAAGGUAAGAAAAAAGCUUACUAACCAUUAUAUUGUCCUAGAAACACGGAAGGAUGGUAUAAAAUUUACAAAUACCAAGUUAAAGAAGUUGGGAGAUCAGUACCAAAAAUUACUGAGUGAUUACACGAGUUGCCAGAAAGGGAUUGUUGCUCGAGUAGUUGAUACUUCAGCUACUUUUUCUGAGGUAUUUGAAGCUGUUGCAGCAAUUCUAGCUGAGAUAGAUGUUCUGCUGAGCUUUGCUGACUUGGCAACCAGUUGUCCUAUUCCAUAUGUUAGACCGGAUAUUACUCCCUCGGAUCAAGGGGAUAUUAUACUAGAAGGAAGCAGACAUCCUUGUGUGGAGGCUCAGGAUGGUGUGAAUUUCAUUCCUAAUGAUUGUAAACUCGUCCGUGGAAAGAGCUGGUUUCAGAUCAUAACAGGACCUAAUAUGGGUGGCAAAUCAACAUUUAUACGACAGGUUGGUGUCAAUGUAUUGAUGGCACAAGUUGGUUGCUUUGUUCCAUGUGAGAGGGCAACCAUAAGCAUACGUGAUUGUAUCUUUGCUCGUGUUGGGGCUGGUGAUUGCCAGCUUCGUGGCGUUUCCACCUUCAUGCAAGAAAUGCUGGAGACUGCUUCAAUCUUAAAGGGCGCAUCUGAGAAGUCACUAAUAAUUAUUGAUGAGUUAGGCCGUGGAACAUCAACUUACGAUGGAUUUGGCUUGGCUUGGGCUAUUUGUGAGCAUCUUGUGGAGGUUACUAGGGCGCCGACUCUGUUUGCAACUCACUUCCAUGAACUCACGUCACUAGCUCAUGCAAAUGCUCAUGAUUGUCCAAAUCUGUCCUCCGUUGGAGUAGCAAAUUAUCAUGUUGGAGCGCACAUAGAUCCAUCAAGUCGGAAGUUGACCAUGAUGUACAAGGUUGAACCUGGUGCUUGUGAUCAAAGUUUUGGUAUUCAUGUGGCAGAACUUGCAAAUUUUCCUGAAGACGUUGUAAAUCUUGCUAGAAGGAAAGCUGAGGAACUGGAAGACUUUUCUCAGCCAUCUAACAUUAGUGAUGGUUCAGAGAAAGAGGUCGGGUGUAAACGUAAGCGAGUAUGUAAUCCUGAUGACAUGUCUAGUGGUGCAGCUCGAGCUCAUCGCUUUCUGGAGGAGUUCUCUGCCUUGCCUUUAGAUCAGAUGGACUUGAAACAGGCCAUGGAACAUGUUUGUAAACUGAGGAAUGAACUGGAGAAAGAUGCAGCCAACUCUCCAUGGCUUCAGCAGUUCUUCUGAGGGCUACCCCAAGGCAUUGCAUCUUGAGUUGUGGUUUUACUUGGAUGUUUUGGCAGUAAUGCGCAAAAAGAUCAUGUUCCUAUUCUUGGCUUCCUUUUGUCUCUCUUGGGGUAAGCUUUUGGCUCGUGUAAAAGGAUGUUUGUCAUCACCAGCCAUGGCCAAUUUUGCCUCUCUUUUCUUGUGUUAUAUGGUUUAGUAUGUAAAUAUUGGACCCACGAUACAGAUGCCCAUGAAAAUCUAUCAUUUUCAUACUAUU